UUAACUUUUCAAAAUAAAAGUCCAACAGCUUGCGUUAUUUGUGUGGUGAAGUUUGACCUCAUUAGAUAGAUUGUUGAACUGCAAUUAGCGGAUAUUUUUUAAUCGGAGCGAAAAUAUGAAAGGAUGUGAAAGGAAACAGAAUCCAGCUGUUGAAAAGAAUCCUGUCAAAAGACAAAUCUUAAUAAUGCCUGAGGAUCAGAAACAUAUACAAGAUAUAUCAGACUGACCCAGCACAAAGAUUCAAACUGAAAUCAAAAUGCAGGAAAGCUUGAGAAGAGAUCGACAGAGCCAGUCCUCUAAUGACAACUGGUUUGAGAGAAGACAGCGGUCAGAAAUAACAGACAGUCCAGGCUGCAGCGGACAAAAGAGACAUCCAGGAGGAAGCAGAAGUUUCCAGAAUGACAGCACCCAAAAGAAAGCCACAUCAGAGCGCACAGGAAAGCCAAGGCAGAAGUCUGAGCCCCACAAUAAAAACAGAAUAAACAGAAGACCAUCAGACACAGCCAGAGGAGGUUAUAGAGGUGCCAGACCUGCUGUAAAAUCAGAAGAGCUACCCAAAUCAGAGGAUAGAAAAAGUUGGCAGUUUGAAGUAAAACUGUCUGAUUUUCCUGAACUGUGUGAUGCCAAGCCACUUGCAAGCCCAGAUGCUCGAGAGUGCUGGGUUUCAGUCAAAUCAUCAGUUAAUCGCGAUUCUCCAGCAGCCACUGUUAAGGAGACACCAGGAAAUAAAGGAGCAAAACAGAAAUCAAUAGAGCAUGUCAUCUCAACUGAAAUGACUCAACAGAAAUUUACUGACACAGCAGGUGCAGAUAUUAAACUUGUGUUACCAAACCCUUAUGGAUCACCAGCAACAUCCUGGGCCAGCAUUGCCUCUCAGCCUCCGAAAAUCAUGCAAAAAAUCCCUGCAGCACAAGAUGCAUCCUCUCAGGACGACAUGUGUCAGUCAGAAGCUGAACAAACCAAUAAGAAGAAAAGGAAGAAAAAGAAGAAAUCUAAACCAGGGUGUAAGGAUGUAGAUCCAGAGACACAUUAUAUGGUGCUGAAACAACAGGAGCCUCCCAAGUUUGAGGAUGAAGAGGAGUUUCCAGAUCUUUCUUUGCUUUCUGUUAAUCCAAGGAAAGCACAGAGGCAGUUGUCAAUUCCUGGAGAGCAGGAGAAUACUGGGAUCCCUAAAAAAGAUGGGUCAGUUCUGCAAUCGGAGAAUAUAAACAAAAGCAAAGCCACCGAUGUAAAGUCUGGAUCUGCUACUUCAAAGAAAGCGCAGCCAGUAGGUCAGAAGAAGAGCAAGGCACUUGUUCAGCUUGACCUCGGGAACAUGCUGGCAGUUCUGGAGCAGAAACAACAGUCUCAGAAGUCCAGACAAGAUGUAAAACCAUUAACCCUUUCAGUGGGAGGAGCUCUACCAAUUGUCCACAAAGACCCAAUGGCUCAAAAGAAGCAUUUAUGGCAACAAGAGAGGAUAGCACACAACCCUCUGGAUUCUACCUGCCCUUUAGUGAAAAAGGGAAAACAGCGAGAGGUCCCUAAGGCGAAAAAGCCCACACCCCUUAAAAAAGUCAUUUUGAAGGAGAGAGAAGAAAGGAAACAGAACCGAUUGCUAGAAGAAAGAGAUCCAACGCAAAUGACUUGUGAAGGCAGUCAAAAUCCACAAGCCAGUGAAAAUCUUGUUAAGAUCCGUGCAAUGCAGCAGGGUCAUGCACCAACAAGUGACCAAAGCGGUGAUGAGGAGGCCGAACAAACGGGUUCAUUGGAUGUCCUGAACAACCUUGCAGAAGAAAAUGUGCCGUCUAAAAACGUGGAAUCAAAUUCCUCCCCCAAUCAUCCGAAAAUCCACAGCCGGAAAUUUAGAGACUACUGCAGCCAGAUGCUUAGUAAGGAUGUAGAUGAGUGUGUGAUCACUUUGCUGAAGGAACUGGUCAGGUUCCAGGACCGGCUUUACCAGAAAGAUCCCAUGAAGGCCAGGAUGAAGAGGCGUCUGGUCAUGGGUCUCAGGGAGGUGCUGAAACACCUGAAGCUCAGGAAAGUCAAGUGUGUCAUCAUCUCUCCUAACUGUGAACGUGUACAGUCUAAAGGUGGUCUUGAUGAGGCUCUACACACAAUCAUUGAUACAUGUCGGGAACAAGGUGUUCCUUUCGUCUUUGCUUUAUCAAGGAAGUCUUUGGGUCGCUGUGUGAAUAAGGCUGUUCCUGUCAGUCUGGUGGGCAUUUUCAACUAUGAUGGAGCACAGGACCAUUACCACAAAAUGAUUGAGCUCACAUCACAGGCAAGGAAAGCCUACGAGGUGAUGAUUGGUGACGUUGAGGUGAGUUUACAGGAGCAGUCGGGAGAGGAGGAUGAGACACAGCAGCAUAUGGAGCCACCAGUAGACACCCCAGAGGCAGAAGAACCAGAAUACAUUAAAAUUUGGAAGAAGAUGCUGGAGAAAGACUACAACCACAAGUUCCUGCCUUUUGAAGAGCGGUUCACUUCAGUGACCAUCAGCACAGAUCUGGACAACCAUCUGAAUGACCUUGGAGGAAGCUGAUGGUUUACUAAUUGAAUAAGGACUUUGUGAAAAGGGGUGUAACAAAACACACAAUUCUAAUUUCAAAUCAAAUCUGUUGUGAUGAUGUCCUCACUAUGAUACAUAUUCACUACAACAAAUGGAAGCAUUUCCUGAGUGUGUGCCUUAGGUUUACAACUGAUUAGAACAUUCAACAUUAUCACAGACUCUAAUAAAGACAAAUAAUGUCUAAUUAACGACAAUUUGCGUGAUCCGCAAACCUUCUUAGUAGCGUAUAAUAAAACAAAAGGUGUGAAAUAGAAUGUAACAAAAGUAAAACAUGUCUAGUUAAACAGUAGCAGUCUGGCUAAUCUGGUUUGACUCUAAAGUGGGUGUGUCUAAAGCACAGAGUUUUAAUUUCUGAAUCUUCUUCUGUUUAAUUCUCAUGCUGUCAGUCAAAUGCAAGUAGCUCUUUGUAGCACUAGACAUGUCUCUGACUCUUGCGUUCUGCACCACCUCUACAAAAGAAUGCUGUUCGAUGUGUUUAUAGUAAUAACACUGGUUAAUUGUCCUCUGGCUGACAGCAUCAUAAUUUACAAGGAAGCCUUAGUGCUUUUGAGGCUUUCGAUAUAAUAUUAGUACACAAUUAAGUGUAUUAGCUUGUGUAAAAUAGCCUGCUUAGCAGAAGUGUGCUUUAUUUUUAAACUGAACUGGAUUUUAGAUAAAGAGGAAGCUAUUUUUUUUCAGAAGCUGGAAUAUGGGCUUAAGUUUAUGUUUGUUACACCUCAUGAUAUAUGCAUUGUUUUAUGAGAAAGAGCCUACUUUAUUGUGCAGAGUGUUGAUCGUCUUUUUCAAUGAACAGCCGUAUCAAAGUGAGAGACUUUGUGUAUAAUUAUGUUACAUUUAUGGAUAUCAUUACACCCCUAAUUGUGAAUUAGUUACCAUGUAAUCAUCAAUAUUUUUAUUGAAAUGUUUACAAAAUUUGCACAAACAUUUUUGAAGUUAAAAUUUCACUGCCUCUAAAGUAAUCUAGCCAAUGAGCCAUUUAAUUAUAUGAUGUUAUAACAAUGAAAUGAAUUUAAAUAAUGUUUUGUUUUUGUUUUUUUCUUCUCCAAAUCUGUAAAUCAGCCUUGUGUGUACCAGGGAGUAUUAUAUGUCUGCUGGACAGCUAAUAAAAGUCCUGGUACUUUCCAAA